AUGACUGAAAUACAAGAUGAGAGCUUUUAUUCUUGUUCUUUUAAUAGAAAUCAAAAUUUAAUUGAUAAUAUAUUGGGAGAUAGUUUAGAAGAAAGCAAUAAUAAAGAUGAUAAAGAAGUUAUUAAAGAAAAAAAAGAUUUAUUUUAUACGCCCUUACU